AUGAAUGCUCUAGAUGAUGAGAAGCACCGAGUGAUUGGGGUCUACGGGCCUAGCGGUGUGGGGAAGAGCUGGUUGUUGGAGCAAAUCGAAAAGAGAAUAAGGAGCGAGAAGAGAUUGUUCGACGUGAUCGCCAAAGCGACAGUAUCGCAGACUUGGGAAUUGAAGAAUAUCCAAGAAGAUAUUGCAUACGCAUUUAGUCUGGAUCUAAAUAACGUGCCAAGCAAAGUCGGGAGAGCAGAUCUUCUGUUAAAGCGAUUACAAAUGGAAUUAAAGAGCAAGCAGAAAAUCCUCGUAAUGUUAGACGAUAUGCAGGAGGAACUGGAUUUGAAAGCGGUUGGAAUUCCUUCAGGAGACGAGAGCGCGGGAUGCAAGUUGUUACUUACAUCGAGAUAUAAAGAUGUGUUGCAGGCUAAGAUGUCUGCCAAACCAACAUUUCGUGUUGAAGAUUUGAAAGACGAUGAAGCUUUAAGGCUCUUUGAAAAGACGGUCGGCGACAAGCUUGAAGACGACAAGGAAUUGAAAGCAAUACCGCCUCAAGUGGUCAAGAAACUUGCAGGUUUGCCUCUUUUGAUUAUCUCUGUCGCAAGCACCUUGAAAGAUAGCAAUGUGUACGCAUGGAGAAACGCCUUGAUAAAUAUAGAAGAGUCAAACGUGGAAGCCAUAGUGAAGUUGAGUUACCACCAUUUGAAGAGCGAGGACACCAAGACCUUAUUCUUGCUCUGUGGUCUUAUUGGUGGGAACCUUUGA